AGUCCCUCGGUAAAUCUGUCUGCCAUCUCCCCGCACCCCUUCCACAUCUGUUCCCCUCACUACCCUCUCUGAAAUGUUCUGAGUUUUCUACUUCCCUUUCUCCUGCUUCUCUUUCUGCUCUCUUCUGAGUCUCCAGUCCUCCUUGCAAGGUCCCUAGCUCUCUUUCUCCUUUAAAGGGUCCGUCCAGACGCCGGCGGCUCUUUAUUGGCUGGGCUCAGGUGGGUGGGUCCUGUCACCAGGGAAACAGCAACAACAAGCUAGCUCCUGCUUGGCAACCGGUGGGGGUGGGACCAUGGCCUGUGGGACCGGAGCUCUGCGCUUGGCUCCCCCGUGGUCACCCACCUCAGGAAGGGAUGUGCCCGGAUCCUGGCCCAACUGGCAUCUCACCAGCAGCGGAGUUGCUCACCACAUAAUCCCACCUGUGUCCUUUCCUCCGCCCAAUGUACAGUCCACAGUCUCGCAGCCCCUACCCCCUGCUGCUAGGCAGGCUUUGCACAUCUGGGAUUUCGACGAGGUCAUCAGCAGAUGGGAGACAACAUCUGGCUCGGCCCAGGUGCCCAAGACCCUCUGGGGGCCCUACACGCAGCCCAGGGCCCCAGAGCCUGCAGACCCUGUGCGGACAGUGGGGAUCAAGGCUUUAGAGGAAAAGCUCAGACACUGGCGACUCCCCCUGACCACAAAACCCCAGAGCAGCGAGACGAUGGCACAGUACAAGGGCUGGCCCACCCUGGCCCAGGACGAUGCCACCUACAUCAGGGCCCAGCCCCUGGAGCUCGUGGACCACCGCCGCCAUGGGGGACCAGCCCAGGCUCUAGUCCCCUGGGCAAGGAAACCUGAGGUGACCGGCCGGCCUUUCACGAUAUCUGACCAAGGAGUCCUGGACCGCCAUCAGCUCUACAUGAGCACCUCGUCCCGAGACUUCCGCUUUUACCCCCAGAAAGAGCUGUCGGCCGCCAGCCGGGACGUGCUGACCUACUGGAACUUCAAGGGGACGCCUCGGGGCUGGGGACCCAGCCCACCCCUGCCGAAGCGGGUCCCGGGAACGCCGGCCGUGCCGCACCGUGGAUCCCUGUCCCUAGCUCAGGAGUCCUACAGACCCCCGCUGCGCCCGCUGGACUGGUUCUGCCCGCGGGAGGCGCCCUGGGACGGCCCUCACUGGAAGCCUCUGCCCGGCAUCUUCAGCACGCCCAAAGCCUACAGUACCGAGUCCUCCCGCUACGGCAGCCAGAAGCCCGAGCUGGUCUGAGCGGGCGGGGCGGGGCUGGGACACGCCCACUGGUCUCGAGAGGACCCGAACUGGUGAAAGUCCAUUAAACUACUGCCCAUCGGAAGGACACGCCCCUGCGGGGGUGGGGCUCAGCCCACUUCCGGAGGCCUGCUGGAAUCCCGACUUCCAAUAGGCUUGGGUGUGGGAUGCUCUUCCGAAUCCCUAGAUGGCGUCCGGGGCGUCUUGCAGGUCCCUGUCCCAGCACACUUCGGAGGCCGCUAGCACUGGCUGGACCCUAUUUCUUUUUUCUUUUUUUGAGACUGAGUCUCACUAUGUAGCCUAGGCUGGUCUCGAACUCACA